UAGAAUUUCGUCCAAUCAGGGAUCUCCGUCAUCGGAGUUCCCCCUUUUACAUUGGACUUUUACACAUUAUCUGUGGUUUAGUAUCUACCAAGUGUUCUUGUUAAGAGAUAUCGUGAUUAUACUGAUUUAACAGGUAGCGGUAGCCUCGCUGUGAAUUAUAGGACACGUGCUUCCCAUCUGUUUUCUAGGAACUAUAUUACUACUUCUUGUUACUCAAACGUCCACUCACCCAAAUGGGGGAUGCCAAACAACCCCAAUUUGCAUUGUUGCCAAAAAUCAUUAAUGGAGGUAUUGCGGGAAUUAUCGGCGUAUCGGUUGUCUUUCCACUGGAUCUCGUUAAAACCAGACUGCAAAAUCAACAGAUUGGUCCAAAUGGAGAACGUAUGUAUGCUUCCAUGCUCGAUUGCUUUCGCAAAACCUACAGAGCAGAGGGUUACUUUGGAAUGUACAGGGGAUCCGGAGUAAAUAUUCUUCUGAUUACGCCGGAGAAGGCAAUUAAAUUGGCAGCCAAUGACUUCUUUAGGUAUCACUUACAUCCAAGCGGAGGGCCAAUACCCAUGGUUAAACAAAUGUUAGCUGGAGGUUUAGCUGGCUUCUGUCAGAUAGUUAUAACCACACCUAUGGAGUUACUAAAAAUUCAGAUGCAAGACGCGGGGCGCGUUGCGGCGGCGGCUAAAGCAGAGGGGAAGAUUAUACCGAAGACAUCAGCAACGAAGAUAGCGUUAGGGUUAUUCAAGGAGAAGGGAAUAUUAGGUUUAUAUAAAGGUACAGGUGCGACAAUGCUAAGGGACGUCUCGUUUUCAAUUGUCUACUUUCCGUUAUUCGCAACGUUAAAUGACCUCGGACCUAGGAAGUCUGAUGGAUCAGGUGAGGCCGUGUUUUGGUGUAGCUUUUUGUCGGGACUCGUCGCCGGUUCCACUGCGGCGCUGGUUGUAAAUCCUGCCGAUGUUGUGAAAACUAGACUUCAAGCCCUUACAAAAGCGAAGGGAGAAAUGUCGUACACAGGAAUUGCGGACGCCUUUAUAAAAAUUAUGCGGCACGAAGGACCAAAAGCGUUUUUCAAAGGUGGCGCUUGCAGAAUGAUCGUAAUUGCGCCUUUGUUUGGAAUUGCACAAACAGUUUAUUACUUAGGUGUCGCCGAGAUGUUACUGGGCAGAAAGUAACUCAUUUUCAAAUUCGCGUGUCUAGAGAAUUUGAUUUUUAAUUAAUUGUAAAUUGGUGCUUCUAUUUUUAAGUGAUUAGCUUACUGUCAAUUGAUUUUAAUAAUGUUGAUGAGUUCGUUUUAGAACUAUAAUUUUUAAUAGACUGUUCAUAAAAGUAUUUCGCUUCCAGUCCAAAUUUUACGUCUUCUUUUGCUAAACGAAUUUUUGUUGUUUGAUAUAUGUAUUAACAAAGACUAGUUUUAGAGGAUAGAGUAUAUUUAAGCGAAAUUGUCAUAUUUUAAAAGUUUAUGGUAUUAUUAAAUGUUUGACUGCAAUAACAGGAAUAAAGUGGAUAGCACAAGCUGAAGUAAGCUGUAAGUAACUAUUAUUUCAACCGACAAGGUACUACUUAUUACUUUCCGUACAAUAUUGCUCAAAACUUUUUAUUUACAAUGUACGUUGUGUAUACCAAGAAAUCAAUGUUUCUAGCAAAAGGUGUACGCAUUUGAGCUAAUGAUCGAUAAUAAUGGCAAAACUGAUGAAAUUGUUAGAUAGGAAAUUUACAAUUAUCAAUGACAAUAUCAACUAGAGUAGGUUUAACAUACCUGUUUAUAUGUGAAUCAUUUUAUAAUUGUAAUGUCAUAUUACAAUUUGUAAGCAAUUAUAGCAGCAGUCAAUAAAUCAAAAAAUAAUUAGGGAAAAUACUAGCCGCGCAAUGUGGACAUAUGGUAGUGAUGGGUAACUGGAGUUUUAAAAAACAUUCAUAUUAGCUACACAGUAUUACUCUGGGAAAAUUAAUUUUUAGGUCUACUUUUUAGAUUCAUUUUUUUAACAAUUUAAAAGUUUGCUAAAUCAAAUGAACUAUUCAGCAGUGGGAUUUAAGAUUGUGAGCUUGGAUAUGAGAUUUUUUACCUUCGUUCUUCAACACCUACCUACCCCCAUAUUUAAUUAAUAGUGUACACAUUUCAAGUAGAUACUAGACAAGAAAAUGUUUAUUUAAUUGUAUAAAAGUUUUAAAUGACAAUUGUUUUUGUCUAAAUGUUUAUCUGUAUGUUCCUAACAAUAAAAUGUACCACCUGUUAACUUUUCA